UCUUCACUUUUAUCUUCUUCUUUGUUAAAUUCCUGGCAUGAGUUCUGUAUGCAUGAAACCUAUUAGCAGCACUCAUGUGGUGGCAAUACCUUAUCCUGGUCGAGGCCAUAUCAAUCCUAUGAUGAACCUGUGUAAGUUACUAGCUUCAAGAAAGCAUGAUCUUGAAAUCACCUUUGUUGUUACCAAAGAGUGGUUAGGCUUCAUUGGAUCCUGCGCCAAGCCUGAUAACAUACACUUUGCUUCAAUACCAAAUGUUCUCCCAUCUGAGCUAGUUCGAGGCGCUGAUUUUCCUGGCUUUUAUGAAGCUGUUAUGACAAAGAUGGAAGCUCCAUUUGAGGAGCUCCUUGAUAAUCUCAAGCUGCCGGUGACUGCCAUCAUAGCUGAUACUGAGCUGCAAUGGGCAAUUCGCAUGGGAAAUAGAAGAAAUUUCCCUGUGGCCUCACUCUGCACAACAUCAGCAACCGUGUUUUCCAUAUUGCAUAGCAUUGACCUCACACAAAACUGCCAUUUCUUAGUUGAUUUAUUAGAUAAGAGCAGUGAACUUGUUGAGCAUAGCCCUGGAAUUUCACCAGGUCAUUUGGCAGACCUGCAAGUGCUCCUUGAAGGAAAUGCACCGCGAGUCAUUGAGCUUACCUUGGAAUGCAUUUCAUGGGUGCCAAAGGCAAAAUAUCUUCUAUUCACUUCAGUCUAUGAGCUUGAAAGCCAUGUCAUGGACGCUCUAAAGUCAAAAUUCAAUAUUCCCAUCUACCCAGUUGGCCCCGCAAUCCCCUACUUUGAACUUCAUGAGAACUCCUCAGAGAGUACCUUUCCAAAUGUCCCUAACUAUCUGCAAUGGCUAGAUUCUCAUCCUCCAUGUUCUGUUUUGUAUGUCUCCUUAGGAAGUUUCCUCUCAGUUUCAAACGAGCAAAUGGAUGAAAUUGCAGCUGGACUACAAGAUAGUGGUGUUCCAUACGUGUGGGUAGCUCGUGGAGAAACUUCUCGGCUAAGGGACAGUUGUGAUGGUAUGGGGUUAGUAGUGCCUUGGUGUGAUCAAUUGAAGGUGCUAUGCCAUUCUUCUAUUGGGGGAUUUCUAACACACUGUGGUUGGAAUUCCACUCUUGAAGCUAUCUUUGCAGGCAUUCCAAUGCUCACCUUUCCCAUUAUUUUUGAUCAAGCUCCAAAUAGCAAACAAAUUGUUGAUGACUGGAAGAUUGGAUGGAGGGUGAAGGAACAACAUAGAGAUGAAAGUUUGGUGACAAGAGCUAGAAUUGCAGAACUUGUCCGAUGUUUUAUGGAUCCAGAGAACAAUGAGGUGAAAAACAUGAGAAGAUCAGCAAGAGAACUCAAAGAGAAAUGUCGGAAAGCAAUUGCCAAAGGCGGAUCAUCUCAAAUGAACCUUGAUGCUUUCAUCAACCACAUCUCACAAGGCCAUGACGCCAUGCUCAUUGAUUAGACUCAUUCUGAUGUCAAGUUGGAACUUUAAUUUUCUAUAUCCUUGAAUUGCUGCAUAGCAGAUUAAUAUAAAUUUUACUCACUUGUUUUACUUUGUUGAUUAUCAGUUCACAGCAAC